CGCUUGUGGAGCCACAGAACACACCUGCCUGCCCUACACUGGAUAUCUGAGUAACUUUCCAAUUUCAAUAUGAGGAGGACAUUUAUCAAAGCUGAGAUCCUUGUAUUGCUUGCUGUGGGAAUCUUGUCCCUCCUUUUUAUCCUUCGGGAAGAUCAAAAUGAUCCAGUAGUCUUCGAAGAAAUUGAGGAAUCUUCACCUGACCAUCUUACAGAUAUUGUUACCAAAGCACCCAUUGUAAAACUAGAGUGGCAUUCCAGGUGUAAGCCGAAUGAUUCUGUUAAAAGCAUUAGUGGGUUCUCUGCUUUGCCACCUCAUAUAAAAGACUUCUUAAAAUACAGGCACUGCAGAAGCUUCCCCCUAAUUAUUGACUCUCCCAAUAAGUGUGGUGGCCCUUCUGCAUCCAAAGGAGUUUUCUUGCUACUUGCAAUUAAAUCUUCCCCUGGUAACUAUGAAAGAAGGGCUGUUAUUCGACAAACUUGGGGAGCAGAAGAAACCUAUGGAACUGCUAAGGUGAAGAGAAUAUUUAUAUCCGGGAUUCCGAAGGUAGAUAAGGAAGUAAAAAGGAUGAAUAAAUUGCUGAAGAUUGAAAGCCAGAAAUUUGGUGACAUCAUACAAUGGGAUUUUCAAGACACUUUCUUUAACCUAACCCUAAAGCAGCUCCUAUUUCAUCAGUGGCUAGACGAAAACUGCCCAGGAGCCAACUUUAUCUUCAAUGGAGACGAUGAUGUCUUUGUGAACACCUUCAAUGUAAUUACUUAUUUACAGGGAUUUGGAGAGCAUGGAGCAGAUAAACAUCUCUAUGUUGGACAGUUGAUAGCCAAUGUAGGUCCCAUCCGGGAGUCACAGAGCAAGUAUUACGUACCAGUACAGGUUACCACUUCCAACUCCUACCCAAUGUAUUGUGGAGGUGGAGGAAUUCUUAUGUCUAGGUUUUCUUGCCUUUCAAUAUCUAAUCAGUCCAAGAGCAUACAACUUUUCCCAAUUGAUGAUGUGUACCUUGGCAUGUGCCUUGAAAAGGCAGGCUUAGUGCCAGCCUCCCACAUGGGCAUGAGGACAGUAGGGGUGAAGGUCCCUUCUGCCACAUUGGAUUCUUUUGAUCCUUGUUAUUAUAGGGAGCUACUAAUGGUACAUCGUUUUGUGCCUUAUGAGAUGAUAGUUAUGUGGAAUGCCAUACAAGACUCCAAACUUGACUGUGGCCAAAGACAUACUGUAUACAUUGGAGUAUGAUCAAAAUUUUCCUUGUGACUUUCUGAUCAAGGGUUUUGCAUCUCUGACGUAAAUGAUUUACAAAUCUAGCACUGCUGAAGGAAUAAGAAAACAUUUGCAAUGGACCAAAAUCAAAGAUUAACUGAAGAUCCUACUUCAGCACAAGAAAUAGGUCAUCAGCUUCCAUGUGAGUGGCCAAUUGUGCAAAGGUGGAGCUAAAUGUUGCUGCCUUAAACAAAUACAUUGAGAUAUAUUGUAUUUGCAAGUUAUCUGGGAAUUCAUGUGUGUUUUGACUCUAUUUAUUUUUACCCCUUCCUCCGGUGUUUUUUAGGCAUAAGACUCUUUUUGUAAAUUUAAUAUGUAACGUAAGUAUUCAGUGUGAAAAUGUGGGCAUUUUAGCCUUAUCUCUUGUUCUGCUCAGUUCAGAACCCCAAUCAACCCAAACAAUGCCACCUAUAGUAUGUUAUACUUAAUUCCUGUGUGGGAAAAAUGCACAGGUACGACAAUAAAAGAUGUGGUUAAAUAGUGUCAGGCUCAUUUACAAUACAGGGUGCAAAAGAAAGGCCACUAUGGACUUUUGUACUACUUUUUAGUAUUUUUCAUCUCGCUGCAGAAAGCAGCAGACCCAUUGGCAUAGAUGUUAGAUGAGCUAUUUCUGCUUUUGCACUUGUCAAUGGACAUUGUAAAUGACCCCAUAUACUGUAUUUUUUUAAGAGCUGGAACAUAUGGUGUCCAAAGCAACCCCCAAGGGUGAAGACACACACUUUUAAAUAUAAGGCUAAAUUACACCAAUAUUUGGUUGCAUUCUUUAUUAUAUGUAUUCUUUGGUCAAAAAACAAAUGUGGGCAACUAUACCAGAAAAGUCUAAAACCUUAGCAAAUGUGCCUUCUUGUAUGUUAAGUAAUAUUCACAUUUUAUAGGACACUGUUGGAUCACGUUCUUUGCCAAGAAUGUUAUUUAAAAAUGUGGACCUUCCAGUUGUUAGCAGCUGCUACAGGUUUAGCAGCAGGUGGAAGUUUACAGGCCGAAUGACUUAUUAGAAGACAGAUGUACACUUGGCCCUUUAGUUGCUGGAUAAAAGUUGGCCAAAGAAUAUAUCAUUGUACACCAGUAGAUGUCAAACAUGUUAACAGUAGAUCACAGCAGAUGAGCAGAUUGUCCACCCUUAUAUUAAGACAGUGCUGGUGAAGAUUUACUAUGCCAUGGGCAAUUUAUCUGUGGUUUCUAUGUUUAAAAGCCUGCAAUUUAUAAAACAUUGUCAUACAAGCUGGUCUGUAGAGAUCUUGAGCAUACUGGGGCCACAUCCAGCCCAUAAGCAUCCAGCUGAACAACCCUAGAUAACCCUAAUUUGGUACUUGCGGUUCAGCUUUUUAAAAAUGACACUGCCUGUUAUCUCCCCAUGUAAUGCAAUGAGGUUAUAUUUUCUGCAGCACUUUAGGUGGUAGACUCUGAUGCAAUAACUUACUAACACUGACCUGCUGGGAAUAAUGGUAAAGUCAGUUAACUCUGCUGUCACCACAGGGAUAGGCAGUUUCUAUUAAAGCCAAUGACAGGUGGCACUGAUAUUUUGGGUAUUUUUCCCACAAAGGGAAAUGACGCUUGGAAAAAAAAUUCGGGUACAAACUCACCUUAAAGGCAUUGAAAGAAGGAACCUGUACAAAUAUAAGGUCUGAGUAUAUUUUUGGAGUUUUUUUUUCUAUUAAAGAGAUACUGAUU